UGAAACACAAGAAGCUGUUAUUUUUUCUCUAAACUUCAUUCAUGGAUUCAACUCCAAAGCAUCCCAUUUUCUGCUUGAAACGGCCGUGGGACAAAAACAACCACCAGAACCCGAAAUCCCCUUGCAAUUUAGAGACCCCUUGGCUCUUUAAAUCAAUACAUAAUGUCGGAUUAUUUGCUUUUAAUUUCUUGGAUUCAGCUUUGAAAACCCUAGAUUCUCCAAACAAACAAUUAAACCCUAAUCAACCUCUUAUUGAUGUUGGAAUGAAAUGGAAGAGUCCUAAACCAACGAACAAGAAAUUGUCUCCAGCAGAGCAAGGGGAAGCAGAAAAUAGAGCCCUAGCUUUGGCUUUAUCAAGUGGGAAAUAUGCUACAGUGAUGGAAUUUUAUUCACCGAAGUGUAGACUUUGCAAUUCUUUGCUUGACUUUGUCAUGGAAAUUGAGUCAAGGAAUUCUGAUUGGCUUAAUAUUGUAAUGGCGGAUGCAGAGAAUGAGAAAUGGCUUCCUGAGCUCCUCCACUAUGACGUCAGAUACGUUCCUUGCUUUGUGCUUUUGGAUAAAGACGGGAGAGCACUAGCAAAGACGGGUGUUCCAACCAGUCGAAUGCACGUAGUAGCAGGUCUUUCUUAUCUAAUCAAAAUGAAGCAACCUCAGAAAAAACAAACCAGGCACUGAACUUUUGAACAUCGAUCCGUCAAACAUGUAUAUCUUAUCCUCCUCUGCCUUGUUAAUUGUUUGUUAGAAAGAAAACUUGCUUGGUGAACUUUACCGUGUAUAUUCCACUAAGCCAUAGAUUUUUAAUUGUUUGCUAAAAACUCUUAUUUUCUCUCCCUUUUAUUAAAGACUAAAUAGUAGAAAAGAAGAAAAGGGAAAAGGAAAAGAAUUUGAGCACUGAAAAAGUUCUCACUUUGGAUCUCUUUUUUGGGCAAAGAUAAGGGUUUGUCUCCCACAAAACAUAAUUAUUAUAGUGCCAUUUGGAAUUCAGGAUUUCAUAUUUA